AUGGCUGAUGCUUUUGUUCAAAUUUUGCUGGAGAAUUUGAACGCACUCAUCCGAAAGGAGGUUGGGUUGCUUUGGGGUGUUGACAAAGACAUGAACAAACUUUCCAGCUUGCUCUCAACUAUUCAAGCUGUGCUGGAAGAUGCUGAGGAGAAGCAAGUGCAAGACAAGGCGCUUCAGAAUUGGCUGCAGAAGCUAAAAGAAGCAGCUUAUAAGGUGGAUGACAUCUUGGAUGAUUGUGCAACAGAAGUCUCUCGAUUAGACUCUAAAUACCAAAAUUCAAGGUUUAUCAACAAGAAAUUUCAAAAAGCUAAAGAGCUUGCCAAGAAUCGAGUUAGGCUCAGUUGUCUUAAAUUGUUAACAAUUUCUGAAUGCCCUGAGCUUGAGGCUUUUCCGGAGCAAGUAACUGGAAGGCCUAAACUCUCUUCAGCAUUUGACUUUAGAAAUGUGCAUAAAGUUCUCAAAUUUGUCAGGGGGUUACGACAUCUCUCCGCCCUUAAAAGCUGGGCACUUGAUGGUUGCCCUGAGUUGGUGACUUUCCGAAUAGUAUCAAAUAACUUUGUUCCCUCCGGCAGUUGA